CUGAGCGCUCAACUUCAGAAAAUUCAUGCUAUGCUGGGAACGGAAUCUUUUCUUUUUUUCUUCCAACUGAUUAACAACUGGCCAUCAUCUAUGAUUUAUUUGUGGGAUUCCACUAUACGGCCCAAUACUCAUGUCUUCGAUGUUCGGUAUAUGUCAUCGCCGGAUAAUACAAGUGAUGGCAUUUUGCAGUUGAAUAGUGUAUCGGAGUUCUAUCGGAACUUUGGUAGUACUGUCUUUACUGUAUGUCACGAAGUGAAUGACAAUCAAAACUUCACAUUCGAAUGGCAACUCCUUCGACAUGGUGUUGUUGUACAAGCUCGAAAUGGAUCUCAAUGCUCUGCUCAAUUUAAUUUAAUCACCGACGAUGAGUAUCAAUGCACACUACGAGUUCGACAUUCGAAUGGAAGUAUUACCGGGACAGGAUCAGUUGAUGCUCGACGAGAAUCAACGUGGAUUGUUGUUAUUGGAGAUUCAUUUGCUUCUGGAGAAGGAAACCCAGAUACACCUGCUGAAUUGACUGCACCUGCGAAAUGGAUAGACGAUACGUGCAGGAGAUCGAGGCAUUCGUUUGGCUGGCUCGUUGCCGACGAUGUUGCGAAAAGAAAAACAGCACAAUCAGUCUACUUAACUUUCUUAGCUUGCUCAGGCGCAUCAGCUGAUCGGGGUAUUCUGAAACCCGGAAAUGGCCAAUUGAGCCAAUUGGAAGCAAUAGAAAAAAUGAGCAAUGCGAGAGGUCGAGGUCCUGAUUUAGUACUCAUGACUGUUGGAGGGAAUGACAUUGGCUUUGCUGAAGUACUACAUUCUCUGCAGAAACAGAAAAAAGAGAGAGAAGUUAAAUCAUUUGAUAUGAGAUUUUUUUUUGUUGCUCAUCUAUUAGACCAAAUUUCAUCUCGUUUACGGGCUAUUGGUACUAAAAGGGUUGUUCUACCGUUAUAUUAUGAUAUUACUCGAAACGAACAGGAAGUGAUCGACGCAAGUUGUGAGCAGUUCAGAAAGAUUACAACAAACAGACUAGCUGAAGCUGAGAGACAGUUCUUUCAAAGACUCAAUCGGCUGCUGUUGCGGAAAGGCUUAGAGUUCGGCUGGACGGUCGUAGAGUCGAUUCCAUCAAUAUUUGCAAGUCGUGGAGUGUGUUCCAGUAUAUCAGCCAUAAGAUCACUUGACGAGUCAUCGCGAAUGCAAGGAUCACAGUCGGGAGCAUUCCAUCCAAAUGCAUUAGGUCACCGUCUAGUAGCCGAUGAAAUAUUAAAGCUGAUAGAGUCGAGAAUUUGA